AUGAUUGGAGGACUCUUCAUCUAUACCCACAAGGAGGAGCUGCUGAUCUCCAGGGUGUACCGCGAUGACAUCGGUUACUAUGGCAACAUGCUCCAUGAAGCUAACCUGCUGAGUCACAGGUUUGCUUCAUGUCAGCCUGAGGCUGAGCGUGUAGCAGGAAGUAGAAACAUGGCGUGUCCUUUAGUGAAUGAAGUGGUGGAGGUUGAGGCCCAGUGUAUUCAGAGGCUGUUGUGUAAGGAGAAGGAGGAUCGCCGUGGAUGCCUCCGAGACAAGGUCAUCCACCGCCGCACCAGCUUCUUCCACGUGAAGCGCUCUAGCAUCCGGCUGGCGGCCAUCACUCAGCGGAACGUCGAUGCCACCACAGUGUUCCAGUUCUUCUACAAGAUAUUUACCCUCAGAACUCAGAGACCUGAGCUCAUCAUCAUCAUCACCAUCAUCAUCAUCAUCAUCAUUGACCUGUUAGCGUUCAUAUUUCUCCAAUAUGGCGGUGACGUUGACGCCCGAUCCAGCAGCCAGUCAGACGUUUGUCUCCGCCCACAGACCAAAGAGGAGUAGUCUCAGAUCACCUGUCAGGUGACGGGUCAGAUCGGCUGGAGGCGGGAAGGAAUCAAGGACAGACGGAACAAGCUCCACCUGGAUGUGUUGGAGAGCGUCAACCUGUUCCUGUCCCCGCAAGGUCAGGUGCUCAGCGCUCACUUGUCGGGGCACGUGGUGAUGAAGAGUUACCUGAGCGGGAUGCCAGAGUGUAAGUUCUGGAUGAACGACAAGAUUGUCAUCGACAAGCAGGGCAAAGGAGGAAGUUCAGAGGAUGUAGGCAAAAGGCUCCCUCAGGUCUGAAGGUGUUCGAGCCAGAACUCAACUACAGCAACCAUGAUGUCAUCAGAUGGGUUUGUUACAUCAGAUGGAGUGGCAUCUACGAGACACGCUGUUGACCGCCGCCACACGCCUCGUGACAUCAUCAUCGUUAUUAUAGACCAGUGUGUGUGUGUGUGUGUGUGUGUGUGUGUGUGUGUGUUUGUUUGUUUGUUUGUUUGUUUGUUUGUUUGUUCAGUGUUUGACCAGGGGGCGGAGCUUUGUGUGGGGACACAGAUCAGCCAAUCACAUUCCAGACAGUCCUCCAGCUGAUGUCAUCGUUCAUCACAAACACUGCAUGGUCGGUAUCAGACAGAAACCUCAUUGACACUUCAUAAUGUGUCCACUGCCACAUGAUGAGGGUUAGUGUUUAAAUGAAUCAUUCACAGCAGAGAUGGGGCGCUUUACUCUUAAUAUGAUCCAGAAAUAUAUUCUGCCCAAAGUCACGUGACUCUGACAAUACUGACACACGUGUUUAAAACUGUCCAACAACAUUACAGAGUGUUAAACUGGUCACAGCAAGUGAAACCUCCUCAGUCUGCUGAGGGUUAAUGAUGAUCACAUGAGGACACUUGUUAGUCUGAUCCAGUGAAUGAGAGGAAGGACUCUGUCUCUGCAGGAUCCUUCCUUGACUCUGAGAAACACCCCGGGUCCUACAUUUCCCAUGAUGUCUUUGUGCUUACCCAGCAUGCCUCACUUCAGACACCUUAAACCUGUUGGUCCUUUGUUGUUAUUGUUGUUAAAUUUUUACAGAUUUGUAUCCUGAUGUUUGAAUAGUCGUUUUUUUUUCCAAAUGUUUUUUCUUAAUAAAAUGAUUUUG